UUAAGCCUAACCACGUGAAAAGAAGUGAAGUUUUCUGCACCUGACUAACAUUUAGUCCGCCUAGAAAAUCUUGUGCAAGCCUCUCUAGAAUCAGUUGAGUUUGAGCAUCUGACAGAACAAGCUCAAAGCUUCAAGAACUGCGGAUGGCUGCCCGCGGCUCGGAAACCCACCCUGUUACAGGGAAAAUCUCGCCGGCCAUACAACGUCCAAACCUGAGCCCUUCGGCUGCAGGGGUCCUGGAAUCUUCAGCUGCAUCUUAUGCAGAAAGAAUAGCUAUAGCACGAUCCUGGAUGGAUUCCAAAAUCAUGAUGACUACAGGUGAAUCACCAAACUUCAGCCACAAAGGCUCUGGAAUUCCCUGUGUGGCUGCCACUACGCGUUUCACAGCUCCUGUUCAUAUCGAUGUGGGAGGCGAUAUCUACACAUCCUCUUUACAGACACUUACAAAACACCCAGACUCACGACUUGCCCGGAUGUUUAAUGGAAGUAUUCCCAUAGUCCUGGACACUCUGAAACAACACUACUUUAUCGACCGAGACGGAAAAAUGUUCCGUCACAUCUUGAAUUUCUUAAGAACAAAUGCACUGCCGAUUCCAGAAGACUUUGAUGAGUUGGAUCUCCUUCUAGAAGAAGCAAUGUUUUAUGAAAUUCGCCCUUUGAUCAAAAUGCUGGAAAAUCUAAAAAACAAAAGAAAUUAUAAAAAUGAUAAUUUUAUCAGUAAAAGCAAUCAUUACAAAGUUACUUCAUCAGUAAAUGGUGAAGACAAGAACGAAGAAAAUAAUUUUAACUGUCUGGCUCUUAAUAUUAGUCCAGACCUUGGAGAGAGAAUAAUGAUCAGCGGAGAACGAUCCCUGGUGGAGGAUGUUUUUCCAGAAAUCAGUCAAGCUUUGAUGGAUGCGCGUAGUGGAGUAAUUUGGAACACAGAUUCGAAAUACGUGAUCAGAUUUCCACUGAACGGAUACUGUAAACUUAGUUCCUUAGAAGCAGUCGCCCGUUUAUUAAACUUUGGCUAUCAUAUCAUGGCCUCCAAUGGGGGCGGUGUUGAAGGUCAACAGUUUACUGAAUAUCUGUUUGUGCGAGGGAAAAAAAUGUUUUUUGUAUAACUCGUUAAGUUGAUUUCUUUCUGACACGUGAAUCCUUUUGUAAUAAUUUACAAGGAAAGAUAAAAUUAUCUGUACAUACGGAAUUAUGUACUAUCAAGUAGGUUUUAAAGAGCAGCUGAAGAAGCGUGAUCUGUCAUGAAUAGCGCAUAUGCCCAAAGCAGUAGCACGUUACUUAGCUAUAGAGUAUGUCCUCUUUUCUUCUUCUUCUUUUUUUUGUAAAUGUACACCAUAUUUAAGGACCCUCAAAAUAUAACAUUGGGUGUAAAUUUGUAAAUUUAUGUCAAGAUAGCACCUAUCUAUGUAUAUAACACAUAUUAUAGAUAUUACUUCCUUAUCUAAAAUAUCUUUACUGGUGUUAAGUAAUCGCUGUAGUACAGUAUGGAUCAUGCUAAUGUAAUGAUUUCAUCCACUAAAAAGCGUUUCUGUAACAGAACUGAAAUUAAUCUAAUUUAUUAUAUAUGUAUGACACCACACGUUGUACCCGAGUAAUGAAAACAUUUUACACUUG